CCGGAUAGCAGCACUUCCGGGUGAUUAGCCCCAGUCGCGUCCACGUUUGCACGAUCAAGUUUUCAGUAGCAGUUUGCCAACACUUGUCAGCCAAAAUGCCCCUGGAGUUCGAGCUAGCGCCCGGGAGGAUGAUCGGCGGGAAUCACCCUUGCUUCAUCAUUGCAGAGAUCGGCCAGAACCACCAGGGAGAUCUGGAAAUCGCCAAGCAGAUGAUCAAAAAGUGCAAGGAAGCCGGUGCGGACUGCGCCAAGUUCCAGAAGAGCGAGCUGGACCACAAGUUCAACAAGGCGGCACUGGCGAGACCGUACACCAGCAAGCACUCGUGGGGACCCACGUACGGCGAACACAAGCGCCACCUAGAGUUCAGCCACGAGCAGUACAGGGAGCUGAAGGCAUACGCAGAGGAGAUCGGCAUCAUUUUUGCUGCUUCGGGAAUGGAUUCGGCAGCAGUGGAGUUCCUCCAUGAGUUGGAUGUACAUUUCUUCAAGGUGGGCUCAGGAGACACCAACAACCUGCCCUACCUGGAGACAACAGCCAAGAAAGGCCGGCCCAUGCUGAUCUCGUCAGGAAUGCAGACCCUGGAGACCAUGAGGAAAGUCUACAACACAGUCAAACCCAUCAAUCCCAACUUCCUCUUCAUGCAGUGCACCAGCGCCUACCCACUCAACCCAGAGGACGUUCACCUCAGGUGUAUCCAGACGUACCAGAAGGAGUUCCCGGACAUCCCCAUCGGCUACUCCGGGCACGAGAGCGGGAUCGCCAUCAGCCUCGCCGCCACGGCCCUGGGGGCAAAGGUCAUCGAGCGCCACGUGACCCUGGACAAGACGUGGAAGGGGUCGGACCACGCCGCCUCGCUGGACUUCGAGGAGCUGGCGGAGCUCAUCAGGAGGGUUCGCGAGGUCGAGGCGGCCAUGGGGUCGUUCGUGAAGGACAUGAGGCAGUGUGAGAUCGCCUGUCAUGACAAGCUUGGGAAGAGCGUGGUGGCCAAGCAGGAUAUCCCAGCAGGCACUGCUCUGACCAUGGACAUGCUGACGGUCAAGGUCGCCGAGCCCAAGGGCUUCCCGCCGGAGAACAUCUACCAGCUGGUCGGCAAGAAACUCAAGCGGGCCCUGGAGUACGACGAAACAGUGACGGGGGACGAUGUGGAAUAAUGUCACCUUUACGCCAAAAAACAGUUACUCAAGCAACUGGAUAUGAUUUUGGAAACGGUCAGACGUUUCAGGUAGUAUCCACUACCUUUUGUCAGUGACACAAGUGGGUUGUCAGAAAAUCAGGAUUAUAAGCAGGAACUAUUGAUUGAUGUGCAAAUAAGGGAAGA